AUGACAACCGGUUAUCAGUACGUGGAUGGCCGCUGGUACGAGAUUCUACGAUACGAUCAACAUUUUGAGAAGGAUUGCGAUUGCGGGUACGCCACGUACACACCCCAAGAUGACGGUUCAGUCAAGGUAGAGAACUGCUGCGAACGGCUACCGAAUACGACGGUCAAAUGUAGCAUCGGCAAGGCAGUAGUCAGCUUCCCGGAUCAGUUCCCGGUGGAGGGAAAGUUCAACGUAACGUUUGGUGGACCUCCAAACAAUUCCAACUACUGGAUCAUGGAGACGGACUAUGACAACUUUGCGGUGAUCUACUUCUGCAAGAACAUUUCUGACACCAAAUCGGCCGAAGCUGCCUGGGUGCUGUCGAAGCAGCGAACGAUCAACCCAUCGGUCCGCGACGUGGUGGACAAGAUUGUCGAUAAGUACCUCGUGAGGCAGGAUAUGCGCGUUACAGAGCAGAGCCAGUCUAAAUGCAAGUAUACUGAUGGGAUUUAA